AUGGAGGCCAAGGAUUCAUGGAAAACUGAUACAAAAUUACAGAAGAUAGUGGACAAAAUCAGGAUAAAUCAGGGUUCUUACAAGCAAUACACAUUUGAUGACACAUUUCUUAGAAGAAAAGGAAAAGUGGUAAUCAGAGCAGAUCUGCAAAUGAAAGAAAGGAUCCUGCAUCACUACCACAACAAUGUAACUGGAGGACAUUUAGGGGACGAUCUAACAUAUAGGAGGAUUAAAGAACAAUUUUAUUGGAAGGGAUUGCAGAGGGAGGUUAGGAAGUGGGUGCUGGAAUGCCAUAUCUCCUUCCACCCUCAAAUUGAUGGACAAACAGAGGCAUUAAACAAGGCUUUAGAAGGAUACUUGAGGUGUGUUACGGGUGAAUUACCUAAGAAAUGGACAGAAUAUAUAGCCUUGGCAGAAUUAUGGUAUAACACUAAGUUUCAUACAACUGUAAAGAUGACACCAUUUGAAGCACUAUAUGGCUACCCUCCUCCUAUGCCAAAUAUUACAGUACAAGGAGAAUCAUUAGUAGAAGCAGUAGCUUAUACGAUAAAAACCAUACAACAAAUAACAGAGCUUCUACAGGAUAAUUUAACAAAGGCUCAGGAGAGGAUGAAGAAGUAUGUUGAUCUCAAAAGGGCAGACUAA